CAGUUAAGUGGGUAUAGGAUUGUAGUAGCUUUAGUCGUUUGCAACAAAAACAUGAAUUUUGUAGCACCUUAAAAGACUAAGUUCUUAAAAGCAUAAGCUCUCAUGGACUGGAGACCGCUUCAGCAGACGCAAGAAGUGCUAAUCUGUUGCAGCCGUUGCAGGAAUGGCGCGGACCAAGGCGGAUCGCGGUGGGACCGGUGGAGCUUACCGGAAAGUGGUGGCUGCUAGGGCUCCACGGAAAGUGCUGGGUUCUGGAAAUGCUAAUGUGGGUUCCUCUCCUGCAUCACGGAAAGCUGAAAGUAAAUAUACUGGUGGUAACCCAGUCUGUACAAGGCCAACACCACCAUGGCAAAAAGGAAUUGGUGAAUUCUUCAGGCAGUCCCCAAAGCAUUUGGAGAAAGAGAACCAGGUCUCUGAGGAGCCAGGAUGCAGUGGAAUAGGAAAGCACAGAAGAAAAGCUCGUCCCUUGUCCCCUUAUCCUGGUGAACAUGAAGCACCUUCUGAGGACGAGCAGAUGUGAGCUAGCCUCAUCUCUUCUGGUGGCAGAUUUUGUCAUGCUCAACAUCUGAGGUGGCUGUGUAUGUAAAUCUGUAUAUAUUACCUGUGUUUUGGUUUGGGUACAGGUCUUGAUAUAAACCUAGCAUGCUGUUUUGUUUACUAAAGUAACCUAAAACUUGAAAGACUGUAAGGGAAUUGAGGACAUUAAUAUUUCCUGGGAGCUUAGCUACCAAUCAAACAUUGCAGCGCUGAGAAAUUAGUAACCAUGGGGUUUACAUUAAGUGCCAUUUGCUUCUUUCAGCACUUCCUAAAGUUUGUGCCAUAUGAAUGUUGAAAUGACUGUAUUAAAUUUUUUGAAACCUGUUUGUAUUUUGAUAUAAUUCCAUUAUAGUACCUUGGGUGAUGUUUCUUGGCCUUUCUUUCUCAGAGCUAGAGAUGAAUGAGACUGCACUUCUGUUUAUUUAAAGCAGGAAGACCAAAAAGUUUACUUUGUAAUAAAAUAACUUACAAAACUA